AAGGCAAAGACAAAAUAAAAUAUAAUGGACUCUUUCAGUAUUUUGUAUAUACCUAUGUGUAGAAGAAUUAGCAAUGGAAAAGAAUAGUGUUACUGGUCAAGUGAUAUUAGCAUAACAUUAAAAAUAUAGUCAUGACUUGCCUAGUUUUAUAAGUUCACAAUAAGUUAUAUUAUUAUUUACUGAGUUAAAUUCCUUAAAACAAAAAAAACAAUUGUAAAAACAUUUGUUUUGUUUGCAGGUUAAACCUGUUGAUUUGGAUGCAAAAUAUAUAUUGUUAGCCAUGAUAGCAUUCCAAAGUAAAAUAUGGCGGCAUUGUUUAAUCAGCCGAAUGACUUUCGCAUUUACGAUUUUAUGCUUUAUAAAUAUCAAUACAAAUGUUCCCCUCGGAGCACAGGCUACAACUGCUAAUAGUGUACCGCGAUCCUUGAAUGGUAAUACCAAUUCUCGAUUACCGCGUACUAGUGCAAGUCAACUUACUAAUGGAAAUAGUGCUUCAAUAAAUGUAAAAUAUUCUACAAAAUCACCAAACACAUCGAGAAAUUUAAACUUGCGCACUAGAGAACAACAGUUACUGAAUAUAUUUGAAGGUGUUAUAACCACCCUAGAAGGAAAACUCCAUCGUAUUGAUAAUCUCGAUAAAUCCGUGGAUAUAAUAAUGCAACACAUUGAAGUAUUGCAAAACCAAAUGAUCAAUAAUAUGGUGAAAACUGAUUUAAUUAUAUCUCAGCUUCAUAAUAUAGAGGGUAGCAUUGUCAAUAGUUUACCUGAACUGAAAUUACCGCGCAUAAAUGUUAGCCACAGUGCAAAAUCUAAACAAAAUUCUUCAAACUUACUUGAGGAACAACUCAGAAAGUUGGAUCGUAAAGUAUCUGGUAUAGAUACUAAGCUAGAGGGUCUUAAGGUUCAAAUAGAUAAUAAUUUCUUACAAGUUGAAGAGUUAUAUGGCGAAGCUAGUGAAAAGAAGCCAGUCACUAUAAGCGUACAUGACAUUUCGAAAGCUUUAAACACUGAAGCUAUGACACAUAUUUCAUCAGAAUUAAAUGAAUUUAGACAUACAACAGAAGGCAUAGAUAAAAAGAUACAGUUUCACAUUAACAUGGUGUCAGAGAGUAUUGGAAGAAUAAUACGUAUGCUACACGAUAUUCAUUUUGCUGUAGUUGAUAAUCACGAGCAAUUUAACACUUUUAAUAUAACAACAACGUCGCAGCCUCCUGUUAAAUCCAGCAAGCUAGAUGCUCUUGUCAAACAAAUAAGACCAAUGGUUUUGGUAUCAGAAAAAAUGGAUGAAGUUUGGGAUGUCGUAGUCGGCACAAAAUCGACUGUAGAGCAUCUUCUUCCCAAGUCUGAAGCGCUUCUUACACAAACUCAAAGACAAGAACGAGCAAUAGAUGAAAUUCACCAAGAUCUUAAAACAAAAACCAAUCUGAUCAUUAACAAUUUAGAUAUGGUGGAAAAGCGUUUAAAAAAAAAGGAAUCUGAUGAGCAAAUAAUAGCUGAGUUGUCUGAGCCUCACUCCUCGGAUCACUUUAAUGAAUAUGAAUCUAAUAACCACACUGUCAUCGAUAAAACCUUAAAAGAAACAACCUUUAAUGCAUCUGGGUCAUAUUCCUAUGUUCAACCGUCCACAGUGAACAGUGAUUCACCUGCACUUUUUACUUCUACUUCUGGGGAUGAAAUAAUGACUCCAUUACGUUCAACAUUUUAUAAUGGCAAUACAUCGAACACUCAAGAAGGUUUAAUAAAUGGAUCGUAUACUGGAUCUGAUACUGCUGGUGGUUACCCAACCGCAUCAAAAAUAAUUCGAAAAGAUGGACUUAUUUUUCCUAGCAUUAAAAAUAAGCCAUCUAUUAUUAAUAAUUCUAUAACCAGUGACAUUAUAGCCCUAAAGGAUAUCAAAGGAUUUUCAUGUGCUGAUUUGAUGAGUGCUGGAAUGAAAAAAUCUGGAGUAUUUUAUUUACAAAUUCGUGGGACUACAUAUUGGUUUCUAAAGGUGUACUGUGAUCAAGAAACAACUGAGGGCGGCUGGACGGUCAUACAACGUCGCGAUGAGUUUGGUGAGCCCCGUGAAAACUUUAAUAGGGAUUGGUCAGAUUACAAAAACGGAUUUGGUGAACCAAGUAAAGAAUUUUGGCUUGGAAAUGAAAAUAUAUAUAUGUUGACAAAUAACGAAGAAUACACCUUACGUAUAGAACUAGAAGACUUUGAGGGCAACAAACGGUAUGCUCAAUAUUCCCAUUUUAAAAUACAUUCAGAGGCGGAUUAUUAUAAACUUGAAAUAGACGGAUAUGAAGGAAACGCAGGGGAUUCCCUAAAUGAUCCCUGGUAUGGAUCUAAUAAUAGUCCCUUUUCAACUUACAAUAAAGACAAUGAUCGAAGCUCGCUUAAUUGUGCAAGCAUGUUAAAGGGUGGCUGGUGGUGGAAGUCCUGUGGCAGGGGAUUAAAUGGACUUUAUUUGCAUGAUCCGCAAGAUAUAACUGCUCGUCAAGGGAUUGUAUGGUUUCGCUGGAGGGGCUGGGACUAUACCUUAAAAAAGUCCACUAUGAUGAUUCGACCUAAAAUAUCCCAACUAACGUCAAUGUCUGGAAAUUCUAUGUAGACAAUUAGCAAUAAUUUUAUAUUUUAAUAACACAGACACAUUAAUUAAAAAAGUGUAGUGGUUGAAAGAACACAUUAUCCUACCACCGUUUCACGCACACAAUUUUAUUUAAACUAAAUAAUCAUAUUCAAUUUUCGAAUAGCACCUCAAGUCAAAUCGGAUGUCUAAUACGGGACCAGAUUUGCAAAAUUUAUGAAAUAUCUGAUAUUCCAACCCAUACACUUUUUUGUGUGGCUGUGUAAUUAUACUACAUUGUAAAAUAUUUAACUACGAUGAUUACAUAAGAUAAAAGCUUCUCUAAAAAUAAAAAUUUUAAAAUGUA